AUUUUAUUCAGUUCUCAUUUUGUAAAAGCUUUUUUGUAAAUUUAAAUUUUAUAAUGUACCUAUUUUUUGUUGUUUUGUUAUCUUAGUAAUACUAUUAUCAACCACCAUUUACAAAGCCAACUAGAAAAUCCAUACAUCAUUAAUAUAAUCUAUCGAACGAAGCUCACGUGAAAACAAUUUAUUCUACAAAAUGAUAUCAAAUAAUUUAGUUCUUAUUUGCAUUUUAAUAAUUAAUGGCAAUUAUAUAAAGGAGGGUCUAUGUACAAUGCAUCCUCCUCCUACUGAGUCAAUUGAAGAAUUGAGUCUUGUAUACGAAGACGAUAGAAAUGCAAUGAUUGCAGUAGCUGAGAGAGACAAUUUCAUCACAUACGAGGAAUUUUAUGAUGAGCUUGACAAUAGAUUAGGAAUAGAACAAUCAAUGAAUAUGAUUUUCUUCGGCCCACCAAGUUCUUUUUUAAGACUUGACCCUGACUCAAUUUUGCACAUAUUAACGCAUACAAAAAAAUACAUGGUACCAAUUGGUCGAGCUUUACUAGCAUGGGAUAUUAUAACAGAUGGAAAAACUGCUGCCUUCUUGCAAGGCCGUGAGUAUUUAGCUUUUGGAUCAUUAUUGGAUGUAGUGCCAGAAGAGGAUUUGUAUUAUGUUAACUUUGGAGAUCCAUCAGUUCUGAAACAUUUCGCUUCUUAUUAUAUCAAAUUGCAACCCAGAAAGUAUGGUAUCUUAGCAGCAGCCUACAGACGGUAUUUCGGGGAGUCAUGGUAUCACAACAGCUCCCUUAUCAAUGAACUCGGCUACCUUCUCUGCGGUUUCCCAGCUUCAGACUUAGCAAAAAUAUCUCCUACUACUUUCAAAGAAAUAAGUUACGAAAUCCUUAGCAAAGCUGGAAAAUGUAACAUAAAACAGACUAGGGCUCUUUAUGCGAUAGCUGUUCAUCGUGACGCUUAUGGUGAACCAUAUAAAUGGUCAUCGCAUGAAAUAGGUCGACUUAGUGCUCUUUUUACGUGUAUACCUAAAAUUGAUAUUAGCUCGAUUCAACUUGAAGCCGUGACAGCAAUUAGUCCAGAAGUUAUGACUGCAAUGAAUAAGGAGAAGUUAGAGUAUUUUACGAAGCAACAAAUACUACGAAUGAAUCCCAAAACUCGACGGAUUUACAUUUUGAGAAUGCAGUUAAAACAUACUUAUAGUAUGAAUGACGUUGCGAGGCAGAGUAAUAGCAGAAUAAAUAAACCAAAUAUUGUUUUGCCCUUUGCUUUAAUUAUUGUCACCCUUAUCUACAUCAAUUUUUAAAUUUUGUUGAAUCCGCACUCUCAUAUUGUUAUUCAAUUUGAAUAUGU